AUUCCUAUCCUUACCACGUGCUUACCCUUGUCAACACUACUCCAUGCGUCACAGGUACCCUGACAUCGCCUGAUCUGUUGUUCGACUAUGCACUCGCAGUGAUUUUCGAUGCACAGGACUACAGUGAGAACAACCCCUUCAGCAUCGACGAGAGUGACACGGCUGUGGUCCAAUCGCGCCCCACUUUCAGCGGUCCUGUUUCGGAGGCAGAGGAUAUGACGCCUGAUCUACUGCACAUCAUUGCCACUUGCCACUCUGUCAUGGCCGUGGGGACUGAAAAGUCCAUUGCAGGCAAUCGGGUAGAUGUGGAAUUACUAACGGUGUCCGGAUGGUCCCUCACUACCGAGAACGACUUCUUGUAUAGUCGACCUGACCCACAAAGCCAG